AUGCAGCUCCCCCCUCCUUCUAUCGAACAGCUCUCGGAACUGGCUGCCUCCAAUAUCCCUCCGUCACAGCUAUUUGAGAUCUUAUCGUACUAUGAAACAGAUUCUCGUCUGAUCUCAGCUGGAAAUGGAGAUCCAGAUUUACUAAGCUUCUUCUACUCUACAUUCUUCUUCUCUCACCUCCUCACCAACCAAGUACCCGAAGCCCGUGCCCUAACCCAGCGAAUCCCGGAGACUUUCCUUCACCAAGACCCUUGCCUUCAAAGCUGUUUGAAUCUUCUACGGGCAGUCUGGCAGAAACGACAUGAUCAAGUCUAUCUGAUCCUCCGGCAGCUUUCUUGGUCUGACAAGCUGCAACCUUUGGUUCGGAGAUACGAAAGCUUCUUCCAGGACCAGACCUUAAUCGCUGUCAGCAAUUCCUACGGGGCCAUAAAUCUUCCAACAGCAGCAACCUACUUGGGUCUGGAUACCACGGCCGCUAAACAAGCAGACCCGGCCAUCAUAAAGAAGUUUACGGAUUGUGGAUGGAAGUGGGAGGCGGAGACAAAGCUACUGCAUCCGACCCCGAUAAUCACACGAUCUACCGAAAAGCUACAUUCAAACGGAAUUCGGGAUGCAAUGGCAUUGCUUGGCAAUUAA